UUCCACCGCUGCCAGUGAGGAGAAACAUGCUCACGCCACACAAGGACAAAGCCCUGCAUCCUCACUGGCUGCGCCCUCCUGUCUUUGCGCAAAAAGGCUUUAUCCUCUCAAACUUAAUGCCCGGUUAAUUUACAAUUUGGAUGGACCACUCAGGAACCGUAGGGUUAAAUAACUCAACCGUGGCCACCAGCUUUACGCAUGACUUCCCCGAGCUUGCAGCUUUCUGUGCCAGUGUCUUGGUGACAUCGCUUUGACGCAUGGAAUACCAAAAUCACAGCAAUUACGGAGACGCGAGCUCGGACCCGUUUUUGUUCUCAGUAUUUCCUUUCUUUCUUUCUUUCUUUCUUUUUUUUUUUUUUUUAAGAACUAGACGUUAGAAAAUGGGAGGUGCGCGCGUUUUGGAUGGGUUGGCUUGGAGGAAGAGGUGCUUAACCUCCCUCCUGCCAGUUCUGCAUGGUCAUGACCUGUCAUCACGCCCCUUCCACAGCCCACCUCAUCCUAUUGGUCCUGCUCAUUGUCAUUCCACAGUUAGCUGGCACCGCCCCUGUGUGGGGUGAGGCAGGGGAGGGUGGGGUGGAGGGGCGCACCCGGACAGAUCGUAAAGAGGACAACCUUGCCCCCUUUCACUCGCCCCAGCCCCAGAGCCUCUCCAGCCCUGACAACGUGUCCCUAGACUGGGGUCGGGGCCCGGGUCAAGACAGCCAAUUAGAUAAAGUGACGGACCCUGCGCAGGUGCUCGCUGUUCUGCUUGAGGCCCUGGACCACCUGGGGGACAGUGAAAACCAGGCUAGCAAAAACAGAGACUGGGAAGGGGAUCGGAGUCCGGAGCUGCCCUCUGCUGAAGGCGCUGAGGGUGGUGAGAUAAGGAGAACAGAGCAGCCACAGGGAGAGAGGGGGGUGGAGGAGGAGAAGGAGGGGCGAGGGGCCGAUAAGGCUAUUGAACAGCUAAAUGUAGGCCAUUUGGCAGCUGCUCAGGGGGAUGACUUGAAGGAGAGGGAGGGGGAGGUGGAUGGAAACACAAGGUCGGAGGAUCAAGGGUGGUCUGUGAAGAAUGUGGGAACAGAUAGCGUAAGGGAGGAGGAAAGGAAAGAUGAAGGAGAGGGGCGGGAGGAGGGAAAUUACUUGGAAAGUUUCUUAGAUGAGGCCACGCCAGGCUCCACCUCAGAGGGAGAUGACCCUUCCCUGCAGCGCAAAAUAAGAGGCUACUUCCAGAACAUUGACUUGGGUCUCCAAGAUAAUGAGAUCCUGCCUCCUCUGAAGGGCUACAAAGCGUACAACACUCAGUUAGCACGUGCAGGAAAGAAGCAGCACUGGCAGGAGAACCCGUCCCGCAACAGACCUGUGAAGGGGGGCAACUUCAUGGAUGACUUUGAGGAUGAAGGAGAGGAGCUGGAGGAGGAGGUUGAGGAAGAAGAGGAGAGCCUCUCCCACAUGGAGGAAGAGGCGAGAGCGCGGGCGGAGAAACAGGAGGUGCUCCGGCAGCAGGAGGAGGCCGAGCGAGCCAGAGAGGAAGAGCAGAGGCUGGCAGACAUCGCCUCUGACAUGUUGCUGCAGUACAUGGGGAGGAAGCAGCAGUCCUACAUGAAGCCCCGGCAGAAAAGCAGCAUGGGGGCCGCCGGCAACACAGCUGAGGACAAACGCUCAGAGGAGGUCCUUCCUGAUGAAGAUGACCUGGACCAGCAAAUGAUUGACAGGCUUAUUGAGAUCAGCAGCAAGCUGCACCUGCCUGCCGAUGAUGUGAUUGAGAUUAUUAGUGAUGUGGAGGAGAAGAAGAAAAAAAGGAAAGAGCUACAACAACAGCCAACCAACAUCAACCCUGUUGCCCCACGCUUUAGACCUCUGGUACCUCCUCCUCUGGCUGCUCCGCCUGUUUAUCACUACACAGCCUCAAAAAACCCCAAGAAAGCCCCUUAUAGGUACAACAAGUCCAACAAGAAAUGGCACAAGGAUAAAGUCAAGUCAUACAAGCAGGACUAUUGGUAUAAGCCUCAGAAGCAGCUUGACUACUGGUAUAAGCCCCAGAAACAGUUUUUAGCCUUCCCCUCUUAUCCAUAUUACCAAAAGCCAUAUCGAGCAUACUACCCUGUUUAUUUCCCAUAUCCCAAACCACAAUAUUAUGGGAAGCCCGCCCCCUCCAGAGACCAGACCUUCGGCCCCCAGGAACUUGACCUCCAGGCCCCGAGACGCAGACACAGGGGCGGGGGUAAGAACCGCGGACAGGGCUGGAAGCAGCAGCCACCACCACGCCUGCCUCUUACCCCUUAUAUCUCUAACUAUAUCCUUCCUCACCCACGGACCUACCAACCCCUACCCCCUCCCAAACCAAUAACCACACCCAGGAGAGGCAGGCGACCCCCCUACUACUAUCCACAAGUCACACCGGGAGAUGACUAUGAGGAAGAUGGGCUGGUGCCUCAGCUGGACAGUGAGGAGGAACUGGAAAACUUUAUUGAGAGGAUCUACAUGAAGCGCAGAAUGUAUUGAGAGACUUUUUUGGACACUGUCCGCUCAGAGGGACUCACAGAUGUGGGAUAGUUAUACAGUAGCGGGAGGAAAGCUAAAGCAGAGGUGGGAAAAAAAAAGAUUCAGAGAAGGUUUGUUUUGAGCCUGAUGAGAAAUUUCAGAAGUAAAAAGUUAGAUUUAUGUUGGUUUAAUCACUGUAUUUUUGUUGAUUUUCUCAGUCAGGGAGAGGAUGAAGGUGUCCUAGUUUAAGCUCCCUGUAACCAUGUUCAGCCUCUUGCUCAGUUUACAUUUUGAAACAGAACAUACCAUGGUGUAUGUCUGCCUCCAUUCAGGUCAAUCUCUGAUGUUCUUGCAUAUUUCAGAGAUCUAUAGAGGACACACGCAAACACACACACACUACACACACACACACACUUACAUAGAAUCACAUUGUGACACAUUCACAAGCAGAUGUGGCCAUUGUAAGAGAACCAUGUUUACAACAUCACUUUGUAUCUUUUGUUUUAUAUUCUGUACGUCACAUUACAAAACUAAAGUAGUUCAAUUACUUCUUAUCUACACACACACGCGCACACAGAGAAAAAGAGAAAAACACGGAUAUUGUCAAAUGUUGACAGUAUACUUUUUGUUGUAUUUGAUGUGUGUAGUUGCCUUUCUCAUUUCUGAUUGGAUCAACCUUAAACAGCUGCAAUUUGCAAAGGUGCCAAAUACACACAUUUCAGUUCGUUUGUUUUUUGUUUUUUCAAACUCAAGAUUCAGAUUUUUGCCUUACAAAGCACCAUGGUUCUAUAAGGGAAAUAUCAUAUUGCAUAAUUCUCUCAUCAUCCCAAUGUAGAAACCCUGUGGACUCCAAAAGCACAAAGUUAAACACUAAACACUUCCAACCUGGUGGACUAAGGGGUUUCAAGCAUUCUGGGAUCCAGAAGUUAUUGUGUCAACAUAUUUACGGCAGAUCCACCGUCGCCACAUCCAUGCAGUGCUCCGUGACUCUGCAGGAGUGCUUCAUGUUUUGGAUCAUUUUCUCAUUGUCCAUCUCCAGUUCACAUUUACUUUGUUUUACGCACACGCAUCAUAUCUAUUGUGUCUAUUUUUUUCCUUUAUUUUUAAAAGAAAAAAAAUACUUGAAAUCACGCUAUCUGUUCUGCAGCCUUUUUAAAAAAAAAACCCAACUGAUUUCCACCAAGAGGCUACAAAACAUUUUGUUCAUUUUUCAGAAGAAAUUCAUUGAAAAGUUUCAGGCCGGGGAGUCAGGGAUUGUGCUUAAACCGUUAAAUGCACGUCUUUCUACUUGCAUCUUAAAAAAUGAACAAAAAAAAAGAACAAAAAAAGAGGAAAAAAAUAAAACAGUAUGGAGAAUUCAAAAUGGUUGUCUUCUCUGAAUAAACUGUGAACAUAAAAAAAAAAAAAGAAAUCUCAAAGGAAGAGGGCCACUGUGUCCACAGUGAAGCCAUCUGUCUUGUAAAAGGAGAGUGUUGUUGUUGAUGUCACUUUAGCAUUGUAAGAUGUACAGUGUGAAAUAAAUAUGCCCGUGCAAUGUGUAAAUAACAGCAUGAUGAUUACUAGUUUUGCUAUAUGAUAAAAAAUAAAAGCAAUUAUUUUA